AUGUGUUGGCAUUGGGGGUCGGGGCAACCUAGUGCUGAAGAGGAGUCUUUGCUCGUGGGCUACAUUGAUGAUGUACUUCGCGUCCCCCUUCCGGGUUGGUCGCAGGAAGCCAUGCAGACAGUCGUAGAUGGUCUGGCGGGCGGGGGUUGGCGGGAGUUUCAUGACGCCUUGCGCUCCCAGGGAGCGCCGAGUGAUUUUACGUCUGCAGAGGAGUUCACGUACACAUGCACAGAAGGGAGUGAAAGUGAUUUUACUUCUGCAGAGGAGCCCACGUACACAUGCACAGAAGGGAGUGAGAGUGAUGUAAAUUGGGGACCCCCAAAUAUUGAUGUCCAAGCAGGUGUCGUUGUGGGUUUGUUGACUGGCUUCUUAGGAGGGUUGAUUGUUGGAGGAUUGUUUGCCGGGGCUGUAGCGCUAGUAUGGAUUUCGCAACACAGGGCGGUCGGGGUUGGACAAUGUGCUGGAACAAACGCUCCGACGAGUGAGCACGCCUAUGCUUUCUUUUGUUGUCCUAUGCUGGCUUGGGCCUUGGCGGCUCUUGACCGCGCAUGGGUAUGCUUCAACUCCAUUGUAUGGGGAGGUUCCCUGUCGAUCACCGACCUCUGCCGAUUUGUACUUUCAGGGCGGCCCUGUACCUUUCAGUUGCACCUUCCAAGAGCUUCGCGCUCCGUCCCAGAUGCCAGUACAUCGUGGCUCAUGGUGUUCCUGAUCGCCUUGAUCCUGAUCUUUGGUCUCGCAAAUCCUGCUGAGGCACACUCGGUGCAGUCAGGCGAUGACCGUUCGCUUGUUCUCUUCCGUGAAGACCAGCGUCAAGUAGCCUCAUGCCCAAGAGCCUUCAACUCGGACUCGGAAAGUACGGGAUUGUACAGCUUAGGUUUGGGGCUCUGUGUGUGUGUCAUCGGGGUUUGGGAGAUCCUGAAGCGGGCCUUCUGCCGAAUCUUGCCUAAGAAGGGCAAAUUCAGAACAGCUGCGAGUCAGACCGAAGACCAAGCCUUCGUGCCUACGCCACUACCAACGGGCGUCCCAGGUAGGGCUAGGAUUUUGUUUAGCUUAUGGAGGGCGGGCUUCGCUGUAGAUACAGACUGCUAUCCGGAGGAGGUCCAAAGGUGUGUUGGAGCAUACCUGUAG